AUGAAAACUUCUUUGAAAACUUUACAAAAUAAUAAUAAUCAUUUAACUAAAUAUAAUUAUAAAGAAUUAUCAACAAAUAAACAAAGAAAUUUCGAACAAAAUAUGUCAAUAUCAAUGAAGAAUAAGAAAAAUUAUCGAGAAACAGAAAUCAACGAUGAUAGUGAUGAUGAAGCAGAAGAAGAAGAAGAAGAAGAAGAUGAUGAUGAAAAUUCAAAACUUGUUUCCAUUAAAAUAGACAAUAAUCAAGAACAAAAACAAAAACAACAAUAUGAACAACAACCAUCCCCAACAGGACUACGUUCUAUAUUACGAAAACGAACCGAGAAAAAAAUGUCAUCAAACGCUUGUAGUAAUGUUCAACAAACAUCAAUCACAAUAGAUGAGAACGCCAAUGAUGAUGACGAGAAAGAUUCUGAUGAUUACACAGGCGAUGAGAACGAACAAGAAAGUAAUGGCAGUAACAAAAGCAAAGAAGAGGAAAGUAAAAACAAUGAACAACAGCAACAGCAGCAACAUCAUCGUUGUCGCAAUUAUUCUCGUCAUACGCAAAGAAAUCGAUUUUUUCGAACAUCACCAUCUACAUCCCUCAUCUUUCCAUUAGACACAAGUAAAACAGAAACAGAAAUAACAGCAUCAGCAACAGCCAUAGAAUUUCAUGAAGACGAUCACUCUCCUAGUCAUACUGCGUGCGUAACAUUUACUAACGAUAAACCGACUAUCAUUCAUAGAAGUUCAUCGACACCUCAACUUAGUGGCAUUGAUAUUCAACCACGUUCAUCAGUUACAUAUAUAAAUAUGAGAGAAGAUAUAUCAACAACAAUACCCAUAACAACAACAACUGGACCAUCGGCUAGUUUAACUACUGACUUUCAUCCUGUAUAUGUAUCACCAUUAAAAUACCGACCAUUAGUUGGUCUAUCAGCAAACCAUAGUCGUAUGUUACUGGAAAAACGUGUUUCACUACUUGGAAAACCUGUUGUUUUACAUCCCAUUCAAAGACGUUCAGCAACAUAUCGACGUACUCAAUUACGUAUAUACAAUUUUUUAGAACGACCACACGGUUAUAAAGCUGUUAUUUAUCAUACAUUUGUGUUUUUCACCGUUUUUCUAUGUCUAUUUCUUUCUGUGGUGGUUACAAUGCCUGAAUAUGAAUCAAUAGCAUCAACUGUGUUAUUACAAACUGAAAUUAUUGUAGUUAUAUGGCUUGCAACUGAAUUUGUAUUACGUGUAUGGAGUGCAGGUUGCCGUUCUCGUUAUCAAACAGUAAUGGGUCGUUUACGUUUUAUGAAAAAACCUUUUUGUGCUCUUGAUUUUAUUGUAAUUAUGGCAACUGUCGUAACACUUUGUCUAAAUAGUCGAGGUGGUAAUGGAGUUUUUGCUGCAUCAGCAUUACGUGGUUUACGUUUUUUUCAAAUUCUUCGUAUGUUAAGAAUGGAUCGUCGUGGUGGUACUUGGAAAUUAUUAGGUUCUGUUGUUUAUGCUCAUAGACAAGAACUUAUAACAACAAUUUAUAUUGAAUUUUUAGUACUUAUUUUUUCAUCAUUUAUUAUGUUUCUUGUUGAAAAAGAUAGUAUUAUUGAAACAAAAGAAAGAUUAAUUCAUAAUACAACAAAUCUAAUGACAUCAAGUUCAAUAACAAAUUUAAUUGAAACUGAUCGACAUAAAUUUGAAACAUUUGCUGAUGCAUUAUGGUGGGGAAUUAUUACAUUAUGUACAGUAGGAUAUGGUGAUAAAGUACCAUCAUCAUAUAUUGGUAAAUUACUUGCUGCUAUAUGUUCAUUUAUUGGUAUUAGUUUCUUUGCUCUACCUGCGGGUAUUCUUGGUUCUGGUUUUGCAUUAAAAGUUCAACAACAACAACGUCAAAAACAUUAUAAACGACGAAAGAUUCCUGCAGUUUUAUUAAUACAAAAUCUAUGGCGUGUCUAUGCAGCUGAUGAAAAAUCUCUGUCAAAAGCAACUUGGAAAGUACAUGUACGUCCACCGCGUAAAGAAACCAAUGUUGCUACAACAUCACAAACAAAUCCUCAUCCAGUCUCAUUUAGAAUGCGUAAUAAUCAGUCAUUUUUAAAUCGAGUCAGUUUUCGACGACGCACACCAACACGAGAAACUGCAACGAUUCCUCUAACUAAUUCUAAUAGAAGUAAUAGUCCCAAUAUAAAAUCUGUACCAAAUUCAACAGUAGCUGCAAUGCGUUCUUGUAUUGAUACACUUUCAGAAACAGUUAGUAUCACACCAUCAGCAUGCAUGAACGUACCACAAGAAGUAUCCUCAUCCGAGGGUGAAGAUGAUCAUUUAUAUUAUGCAAAUGAUGUUCAAUCAUUAACACCAACACAUCGACAUACAAUUCGAUUUAUACGAAAAGUUAAAUAUUUUGUAGCAAGACGAAAAUUUCGUGAAGCUUUACGUCCAUAUGAUGUUACUGAUGUUAUAGAACAAUAUUCAACAGGCAAUGUUGAUAUGCUUGCUAGAAUGAAAUAUCUUCAAGCUAGAUUGGAUAAAGUAUUGGGUACAUCAAAAUCAAUUGAUAAUUAUGAAUCAGGCCCAAGUCUAACAUCGAGAAUAUGUAAAAUUGAAAGACAGGUAGAAAGUUUGGAUAUGAAAGUAGAUAGACUCUGUCAAUUGACUAAUAGUUUAUUAGAAUGUAGUAUUCGACAUCAAACCUCAACUCCAACUCCAACAAGACCUCUCGCCAUAAAUCAUACUCGAGCUGGUAAUCGUUUUUAUGCCUAUCGUCGUCAACGACGACGAAAUCAUUCUCGAACCAUGAUAUCGGCAUCAUCACAAUCACCACAACCAGUACAAACUUCAUUGAUACAUAAUUCAUCUCCAACAAAUUUAACACAACCAUCUGUACAUUCAUCAUUAUCAGCAAGAGAUCCAUCCCGUGAAAGUCUUGUUAGCCUCUAUUGGCUCUUUCAAGAUAAUAUGAAUUCGUCAAGAACUCAUUAUGUUUAA